AUGUGGAAGCGGCCACGGAAACAGAUCGAGUUGUUCCACGCGCCAAGAAUAUGUCGCGCAGGCGCUCUAAUAUUUUCAGUCUCAAUCCUGACUAUCUUUAUUAUACUUACCUUCAAGAAUAAAAGGGUGUCUAUUUACCCUUCUGAUUCCCAGCAUUUGAAGUGGAACAGCUUCUGGUCCUCUCUCCAGUUCCAGCCCACUGUGGAGUUUGUGAAUGGAACCGACAUAAUAUGGCAGAUACCAAAUUCACCCAAGGCUGUGCUUUUUCUGGCUCACGGUUGCUAUGGGCGUGCAGCCAACUUUUGGGACAGGUCCCCGUCAUGUCAGAAUUGCGUUGGUUUGCCCGAAGAAAGACUUAUUGUCCUUCAAGCACUCCAUCAGAAAUAUGCAGUCCUGACUAUUUCCAGCGUUGGGUCAUGUUGGUCUUUUGGAGAUGAGGAAAGACGAGUUCGAAGAAUCAUCCAGUGGUGGGUUGGGAAACAUAAAAUUGAGAAACUUCCAAUUCUGGCUCUUGGGGCUUCUUCUGGGGGUUAUUUUGUUUCAGCAGUGGCUAAAGACAUGAAGUUCAGCAGCAUCGUACUUAUGAUUGCCGAAGGACUUUUUGAUUCUAUGGAUGUACCAUCCGACUACCCACCCACGCUAUUUGUUCACAUGCCUAAGGACCGGAUUAGAAAGUUGCGGAUAAAGCGGAGCAUGGAAUCACUUAGGAACAUGGGUGUUCCUGUUGACGAAGUUGAGUGUAAAGGUUUCCCGUUAACCCCAAAAUUCUUAUCGGAUAGGAUCCCCAGUCUGGAUGAGACAUUUUCUGUUAAAUUGUUUGAGCUGUUCCGUGAAAAGGGUUUCAUUGACGAGAACAACUAUAUGAAGAGUGAUGGGCGUGCAACUCAGUGGAAGGAAGCUGUCAAAGAAAUAGAACCUUCUGCUGAUGAUCAUGAAUGGACAGAUCAUGUUCAGGAAGAGCUGAAUCUUGCAUUUGGAUACCACGAGAUGACCAGCCUGCAAAUGGAGGAUAUCAUUCGCUGGUUUGAGUCUCACUUGAGCGUCACUUGA